AGAACUGGGACAGGUUUGGCCGGACCACAAGGUCACCAUUUUGCCACUUUGCCUCGUCCCAAUCUAUCUUUUCACCCUCUUAGCAUCUCCGCGUUAUAAAAUCAGUCGCCAGUGAGCUUAUUGCAGCAGAGACGGAGAUAGAAAGAGAGAGAGAGAGAGAGAGAGAAGGGGAGAGAGAAAGAUGUGGCCUUUUAGCGGGAAAGAAUCUGGGUUCUCGGGCUCAUCAACGGCGGAGGAGGUUACUCAGGGGAUAGACGGGACUGGUCUCACCGCCAUUGUUACAGGUGCAUCAAAUGGAAUAGGCACUGAAACCUCACGAGUUCUUGCGUUGCGAGGAGUCCAUGUGAUUAUGGCAGUAAGGAAUAUGGCAGCAGGCAGAAAUGUCAAAGAAGCAAUUGUUAAGGAAAUCCCCACUGCUAAAGUUGAUGCUAUGGAGUUGGAUCUUAGCUCAAUGGCAUCUGUAAAGAAAUUUGCAUCAGAUUUCAAUUCGAAAGGUCUUCAUUUGAACCUCCUAAUUAAUAAUGCAGAAAUAAUGGGCAACUCCAUUCAUGCUUUCAAAGACGAUAUAGAACUACAGUUUGCGACAAACUACUUAGGUAUGUUGGAUAUUUAUAGAGAGGAAGUCUAUAUAUGAUAGUUAGAAG